AUGGCAAAGGAUACAAAGUUCAAAGAUAUGGUAGACAUUAGUGAGUUACCAGAUGAGUUGCUGAGUCACAUACUCUCCUUUCAUCCUCCUAAUUCCGCUUACACCACCAGUCUUCUUUCCAAGAGGUGGAAACCACUAUGCGAAUUCAUGGUGGAUCUUCAUUUUGAUGAUAAAUUCGUGAAAGGAGAAGAGGAUUUCCAAUGCUUCCGUCGCUGGGUUGACAAAGUCAUGCUAUCUCCAGACAUGAAUAACCAACCUAUUAGAGCCUUUCACCUUGACUGUUGUCAUUCUGAAUUAUCACUUUUCAACUAUGAUGAAUGGAUUGAAGCUGCAAAACUGCGUGGCGUCGAGGAUCUCCAACUCUCCAUGUUUCAUUUCUAUACUGCAUUCGAAACGUACAUGUCAAGUUCCAAUUCCUUGGUGGAUAACUUUAUCUCCGUAGCAGCACCCAACAACAUUUUUAGCUGUCGAACCCUUGUGAUUCUCAAACUCGAGAGGUUAUGUGUGACGGGCAAUAUUUUUCUUCCCUCGCUUAAAACCCUUCAUUUGAAAAGUGUUUAUUUACAAAAUUCAGAGGAUCUUGAGAAGUUGCUAUCUAAAUCAUUGGUUCUUGAAGAUUUGUAUGUUAUGGUUGGGUACAAAGAAAGUGCAAGUAUCGCACUCACACACGAGUGGUUGAAUUAA